AUGGCGCUUUUGCUGGCCUCACCACUCCACUUCCGCUCAGCUCGCUUUGUGGAUGUGAGGUCACAUGCUGGACACAGCUCAGGAUUUCAGAACCAUCCCCUUUCGUCCCAUCGACCAGAGGUUAAGCUUUGGCGACACCAGGCCUUUCCGGCCGCCCUCGCUGUAGGACUUGGUCGCACAGGCCGCAGAGCUUACGAACCGUUUGGAGGCAUCUAUGCCCGUGAGUAUGCUUUGCGGCGUGGCUCGCCAUUGAAACCAGAGCAGAGUUGGAUCUUCUUUCCAGCUCUGGCAUUCGCCUUGACCAUCGCUUGGCAGGUCUUUCACAACUGGACCCGCAGCCUCAUAGCUCUGCUGAUUAUCUCCUUCUUGGCGCAGUGCUAUAUGCCCGAGUGGGAGGUGCACAAACAAGAACAAGAACGAGGAACGAAUGACCGCAAAUACUAUGAUGGUGAUAUAGACAAUGAAGAAAAACCUCAGCUCAAUUGCCGCUGGUCUCGAUUUCGUCCUUGUCCAAGUUUGUUUCACGCUGCCAAGUUCGAGGGUGUGAUAACCACAUCUUGGAGUGCCACACCGUCUCCGCCCAAAGCUGCCAUGAUUCAUCACAAUGAAGCCAAGAAACACAUAGGAGUGACUGACCCUUUCCAGCACUGGCCUAGCAUUGGUCGGCCUCGGCUUGCAAAACAAGGGGCUAAACCAAACACCAAUCACCAAAGUCCCCGCACUUAA